ACGCGUCAUCUUUCGGCGACGACGCUUCCCCCUUCUGGUACCACUCUGUAGUAGUUGUUGUGUAACAUUCGCUCCUCGUUGAUUUCUGUUAAGUAUAAAAUGUCGACUGCUAUGAACUUCUCCUCCAAGGCCUUCAAGCCUCGGGCUCCUGAUAAAGGCUCGUUUCCUCUGGACCACUUUGGAGAAUGUAAGGGAUUCAAAGACACGUUCAUGAAAUGCCUGAGAGACAACAGCUUUGACAACUCCAUGUGCCGCCUGCAGUCCAAAGACUACCUGCAAUGUCGGAUGGACAAUCAACUGAUGGCCAAGGAACCUCUAGAGAAACUAGGCUUUGCCGACCUGAAGGAAACAUCUCCCAGCCCGGAGGACAAGGACGCUAAAGAAUAGCUUUCAAACGAACAGCUGCUCGAGGAUUCGGUGUAACAGACUGAACAUGAUUUUCUGACCAAACACCAACUCAGCUGGAACCCUGGAAAUAUACUUGCUUGACCAUACGUUUAGUGAACUUUUUCCAACCGUGAUCCAUGAGGAUAAAGCUAAUGAAAUGCAGAUGGUACGUUUACCGUUAAUAAUUUAAAGUGUACAUAAUAUAUGAACCUGUUUUAAGGUGUCAAUAAACAUUUUAUAUUUAUAUCUUUUUUUACUGGA